CGUGCUGGUAAUAAUCAAGUUGUAAGAAUUUCAAAAACACAAUUUGGAGAUUCUGCAAGAAACUUAGUUGGUAUUUGUAUUUCAUUAAACAAAAAAAUAAGAGAUAAAAGGAAUGAUAAUGAUUAUAGUAUUGUGAAUUUAACUGAAAAAACAGUUAUUGGACUUGAUCCGGGUAGGAGGGAUUUAUGUGUAACUGUUGAUGAUAAUGAAAGGGUUAUACAAAUUG